GGAGGGGCCUCUGAAGGUGUUUUUUUUGUAUGUCUAGCGAUGCGGACUGUAUACAGUUGCACGGCGGUGUGGCUCAAUCCUGCAGCGUAGCUCUCCGCGGCAGGGAAUCCCACCUGAUCUGAAGGCAACGGCUGCAAGGUCCAGCUCCUAAAUACGCAACCAUGCUGCGAAAAAGCGGGCUGACCUAGAGGGCCUCGUGCCUCUCACCUGGCGUGCCUACCCGAGUGCGUAGGCACUGGGAACAACUCGAACUAGGCCUUUCGAGGAGGGGCAGCCAACACCCCAUCGAGGGAGCGAGGAUUCCUAGAAAGGAGGUGAGGAGCCCUCAUCAAGAAGGCAAUCGGCUAAGAAACCCAAGCAAGAUUUGAAGAAACGUCGUAACUGGCCAAGCUCCGAGCCAACUAUGGGCAUGAUGCUCGCAGCAAGCUUGAGCUAGUGAGCCAGCCGCUUGUGCGGGGAGGGAGGAAGCCCAGCCAGCUAGUGAUCAAGCUUUCAAAGAACAUGUCCUAAGAUCAAGGUCGAGACAACUGGAUCUUCAACUGCCGAGUGAGUGUCCUCUCCGUCAGCCAACGGACCUGUAUUCAAGCGCCAUGGCCCAGACUGAAAAAGAUGAUGCACUCACCGCGGAAGGUGGACGGGCGGCGCGGAACUUACAUGGCACAACGAGACCAGCACGAGGUCUGCGAUACAGUGAAGCUCGAAGCCAACAACUCGUCACCAGCUGCAAGCUUCAAACACGUUGCAAAGAGCAACGAGCUAAUAGCCGGCCUCUCGGCCAGCGGCGGAAAAUUAGAACAGCCUGCGUGGUACCCGACGUGUGGCUGUAGCACGUGGCUUUGGCGCAGGCGAGUGGCCGCGGGAGGUGCUCGCCGCGGCUGCGCGGCCUCGGGCCGCCAGGAACGUGUCCGAAGGACUGGUGCGGUUCCUGGCGUCUCGGCUCCAGGCAUCGCGCUACUGGACGAGCGCGUUCCACUACUCGCAAAAGAACUGCUCGCAAAUGGUCUGGAUCCCCCGCGGGGGAUCUACGAGAAAUUACGUCAAAGCAGACAGGUGCUUCUUGGACGUUUGCGAGUAGGCACUUUGCGAGUAGUGGAACGCGCUCGGCGAGCUACCACGACCGGCGAAGGAGAAGGAACGAGGGGGCUUCUCCUGACCACGGCUGGCCUCGGCCACGGAAGCACGCGUUUACACACGUGUGUGAUCCAGAAGCUCUCAUAAAGGGGGACGUCGCACACAAUGCUGGGGCACUGCUCUGAACACAGCGCGCAUCGUUCAAAGCAGUUGCAUGGCACUGCUUUGAACGAUGCGGAAUGCUGACCAGAAGGCGGCAGGGCAACAGCAGGAUCGCCUUCGGCGUGCC